AUGCAAAGGUUGUUUAAUCCUGUAGACAAUGUCCACAACUUCAACCCGGACAUAGACAUUGGUCCCCUCACCGGCAAAGUCAUUGUCGUGACUGGAGGAAAUUCAGGGUGUGGAAAAGAGACAGUCCUCCGACUGGCCAAGCAUUCCCCUGGAAGAAUUUAUCUCGCCGCUCGCAGCAAGGCCAAGUAUGACGAUGCAAUGGCUACCAUCACGGUGGCAGCGCCAAACGCCAGCGAUGUCGUGAAGUUCUUGGAACUCGAUUUGGCUUCGUUGGCGUCUGUCAAGAAAGCAAGCGAGACAGUCCUCCAAGAAAACGACAGAUUGGACGUUCUCGUCAACAACGCCGGUAUCAUGGCUGUCCCGCAUGGACUCACAAAGGACGGGUUUGAGGUACAAUUCGGCACCAAUCACAUGGGCCAUGCUUUAUUGACCCGUCAACUCCUCCCACUCCUACAGAAGACAACCAAGGAACCGUCCGCCGACGUGCGGAUCAUCAACCUCUCAUCCAUCGGCCACACGAUGGCGCCCGGCGAGGGCAUCCAAUUCGACAAAAUCAAGACGCCAAUGAAAGAGCUACACACCUUAAGACUCUAUGGAUCGAGCAAGCUCGCCAACGUGCUCUACACGCGCGAACUCGCCCGCCGAUAUCCAGAUAUCCUCUGCGUGUCGAUUCACCCUGGUAGAGUAGAGACAAACCUUGGCAGGACGUUAAAACAGGACGCUGGCCUCCUUUACAUGUUUUCUCAGGUUAUGGACUGCUUGGUAAAACCGCUCUCUGUCGAGGCAGGCGCCUUGAACCAGAUCUGGGCUGCGACUUGGAAGAGGUCGGAUAUCGUGAAUGGUGCGUACUAUGUUCCUGCAGGCAAGGAGAACCAGGGUUCGAAGUUGAGUCACGAUGCAAACCUGCGAGAGAGGCUGUGGACGUGGACGGAGGAGCAGUUGAAGGAUUUGGGCUACUAG